AUUCAUAAGUAUACAAAGUCAUGAGCUGGAUCUCAGUCCCAGCGGCUGUUAUGUCGUUCAUUUUCAGCGUUACAACUCAAUUACUGUCCUAUUUGCUGUCACCCCUUCUCUUCCUCCUAUCACCGGUGAUCUACCUCGGACGGCUUGCUUUAUACCUAACUCUGCUUCCAUUGCGCAUCUUGAUCAGAUUAGAGGCAUUCAUCUACUUCAUGACCGGGGCUGUUCUUAUUGGAGCUACUAUAGGGAUGUUCCUAUACUUCACCGGAACUGGUCUGUCGCAUGUCCUACGGAUUGAAGAUUCAGAUGAGCCUCACCGACGUCCUGUGAAACAUGAGGCUAUAGAUCCUGCACCACAAGAUUCACCCUUCGAUUACCUGGAUCUGAAGACGGAAGAUCACAAAUUCCUACCCUCGACAAUAUUGGAGGAGGAAGAAACCAGCUAUGACUCUGAAUGAUGUACGCAUACGUAUACAUUAGUUGAAUCUCAGUACAUGAUCUCAUAUGAUAUAA